UUCAAAUAAGCCAAAGAGACUCUCCACAGGUGAAUUUCCACCGCUGCUCUGUGUGUCGGGAGACAUCUGAGGGACAGAAAGAUUUGACCGAGGACGGAGAGUCUCUGUUGACUCCACAGACUCAGGCUCCAGCAGCCUCCCUCACCUCCCGUCAGGCCAGUGAAGUGCUGCCUCCCGAUCCAGCAGAGAUGGCUCCCACCCUGGCCACUGCUUUCUCCCGCCGCUGGUGGAUGGCGGUGACGGCGGUCAUAGAGAACUUGCUUUUUUCUGCUGUGCUGCUGGGCUGGGGAUCCCUGCUCAUCAUGCUCAAGUCUGAGGGCUUCUACUCCUACCUGUGCAGAGGACUGGAAAACAGCUCAAGCCUCAACUUCUCCAACAUGUCCACCUCCGCGCCUCCUGAUUCGGAGGAGUACCUGGACAUGAAUGGCUGGCCCAUCUGUAAGGACCAGGACGAAAUGCUGAACCUGGCAUUCACUGUGGGCUCCUUCCUGCUGUCUGCCAUCACCCUGCCCAUGGGCAUUGUCAUGGACAAAUAUGGUCCACGGAAGCUACGACUUCUGGGAAGUGCCUGCUUUGCCUUCUCCUGCCUCCUCAUCGCCUACGGUGCCAGUGAUCCCAACAAUCUGUCCAUCCUGAUCUUCUUUGCUUUGGCGAUGAAUGGGUUUGGAGGCAUGUGCAUGACCUUCACUUCUCUGACGCUCCCCAACAUGUUUGGAGACCUGAGGUCGACCUUUAUUGCUCUGAUGAUUGGAUCCUACGCCUCCUCUGCUGUCACGUUCCCCGGCAUCAAGGUGAUCUAUGAUCUGGGUGCCACCUUCAUCACUAUCCUGGUGGUUUGGGCCGCCUGCGCCUGCCUCGUCUUCCUCAACUGCUUCGUCAACUGGCCUCUUGAGCCCUUCCCCGGCCCAGAGGACAUGGACUUCACGGUGAAGAUCAAGUUCAGCUGGCUGGGCUUUGACCACAAGAUCACAGGGAAGCAGUUUUAUCGGCAGGUUACCACCGUGGGGCGCCGUCUCAGUGUCGGCAACUCCAUGAAGCAGCCGAACCAGCCGCCCAGAGACCUGGCCACUCAGGAGGCCAGCAAGCUGUGCCUGUCCACCGUCGACCUGGAUGUGACGUGCAAGGCCAAGGAGGAGACUCAGUCCUUCAUGAAGAGUGUCUUGAGUCCCAUCUUCUUGCUGAGCCUCAUCACCAUGUGUGUGACCCAGCUGCGCCUCAUCUUCUACAUGGGAGCCAUGAACACCAUCCUGGAGUCUCUGACAGAGGGCGACCUCAGCACAGUGAGUGUCUACACGUCCAUCUUUGGCGUGCUCCAGCUUCUGUGUCUGGUCACCUCCCCUGUGAUCGGCUACGUCAUGGACUGGAAACUCAAACACUGUGAGGAAGAGAAUGACAAGGGCGCCAAGAGGGAGCCCGGUCAGCCCCGCCGCCCCGACAAACAGAUUCAGAAGAUCGUCAACGCCACCAGAGCCUUUAUCUUCACCAACCUACUCCUUGUUGGCUUUGGAUUCACCUGUAUCAUCUCCAACCUGCCACUCCAGAUUCUGUCUUUUAUCCUGCACACUAUUGUCAGAGGCUUCAUCCACUCUGCAGUCGGAGGCCUCUAUGCUGCUGUGUACCCAUCCUCUCAGUUUGGCAGCCUGACAGGCAUGCAGUCUCUGAUCAGCGCGUUGUUUGCCCUGCUCCAGCAGCCUCUGUUCAUGGCCAUGGUGGGACCCCUGGAGGGAGACCCUCUGUGGGUCAACGUGGGCCUGUUAGUGCUGAGCAUGCUGGGAUUCUGCCUGCCCUGCUACCUGAUAUUCCAUAGCCGCCACCUCCAGCGCCUCAGAGACGAGCGUGACGAAGAUCCCAAGAUCUAUGUCAAAAUUAACGACGGCAGUAAGCCCGAGGCCUUUGUCUAGACCGGGAGGAGGAACGGAGAGGAAAAAGAUUUUCUUUAAACUGGAGAAGGCGAGCUACACUAAAAAGAGAAGGACAGAGAUAAGAAGAGACGGGAGGGGAGAGUGGUUGUGUGACACAUGUGAUGAAUUCCUCCACCCUGUCCUGCCUAACACCACUUGCAGUGCAUCUGCAUUCAGGCGACUCACUCAUCCCUUACAUUCCCAAUACACACACUUUCACUCACACCAUUUUACUGCCAUGCCAUGUACGUGGUCACAUAUGACUGCACGCAAUUGUGACACCCAGUUUCACCCUCUCUGGUACGACACACUGUGAGAAUCCUGACACACACGCCUCUUCAAGCCCCAUGGAGAGCUCCCACUCCCUCACCUGCAUCUCUGAACCGGGAGGAAAAUAGACUACUGGGAGAAAGAAGCAGUGACUCCUCUACACAUCUUAUCUUCACUCGUCAUUCGACUUUUUUUUCUCUCGCUCGAGAAAAAGAAGAAGAUGAUGCGGAAAGCCGCAGUGAGGAGAUUUUGGGGGAGGCAAUUGUAAAAAACAAACAACAACAACAAAAAAAAUCCCCGUGACAAGAGUUGUGAAAAUGUACAGCAGUAACCAUGAAGACCUUUGCUUUCUGAUUGGUCCAGGUUUGUCUGGGGUGCCGUUCACCCAGUGGUCUCUCUCAGACAGCACAACCAGUGUUUAAUGGGGCUGCACACGCACGCACACACACACACACACACACACACACACACACACACACACACACACACACACACACACACACACCCUCGGUCAUGGCAUCUCUGCUUCCUCUUGUGGUCGAGGGCAUUAAUUGAAUAAGACGAAUCCACGACAGCAGUAUUGGUAGCAGUUUGGAUUGAAACACACAGUAUGAUGGCUUUUAAAUCAGCACAUGAUGCACAGAUAAGUUAGGCAAGAAAACACUGCAGCAUCUCUGCGUGAGCGUCACAGAACUACAGGCCACGAUGCCAGAGACAGUGCUGGCCCUGUAUUAUUGUUUCACUCAGUCACUAGUGCGGGGAUACACGCUCAACUUGCCAUGUUUUUUGGUUUUCCUCAUGAAUUCCUUUGGUGUGUUUGAAAUAUUGUUGGGUUUUUCCAAGUGUAUUUACUUGCAAUAUGGUCACAGAUGUGUUGAUAAAUCUUUGUUCCCUAAACAUGAACUGACAAUGUGGAGGAGGGACUGUGUUUAGAGUAGGUGGACGGGACAAAGAUAUAUUAGAUAUAUAAGUGUUUUUAAAGUGGCGUAGAGGCGGAGCCCUGCGUUAUUCUACUCACUACACACAUGAAUUUGGAGUCUCCGUUCGUCGUAGCAAUAAGUGGGUCUGCAAGGUGCUGGGCAACGUGUAGACACCCAGUCACACACACAGACAGGCAAACGUGUGCAUUUUAUGGGGACUGUAUUUGAAAAUCAAAAAGGUGCUAGUUGAAUCAUAGAAAUGUGUUGUUUUUUUGCGUUUUUGCUUUAAGGGGCAGUUGAGGUCAUUUUACCACAAAGGCAACAAAUUGCAAAUUACAAAAGCUGUUUCUUUAUUCUUCGGCGCAGUGGAGUCCAAAGAACCAAUCAAGUUACCAUUUGAAAUUACUACUUUGCUCUCGGUUUCUUGUCAGUUUUCUGGCAAUUCUGCACCAUAACACAACCUGUAACCACAGCAGCAGUUCUGAAAACCUUAUUUCACCUCUUACAGACAUAAAGGGAGAUUUGCUUGAAGGUAGCAGGCUGAUAAAAACACAUUCCUCCAGAAAAAGCGCAGUGUGAUGAGAGUCAAUGCAGUAUAGGGAGAUAAUAACUGCUGUUUGAUUCAGCCUGCUGUCUUCAAAUACCAUACAGUGGAACUCCUUAGAUUUUUCCUGCCUGGCAGUAACUCAGAGGCACAUCCAAAGACAGCCAUGACCCUCAGAGUGCCUCUCUGUGUGUACAGAUGAUGGGAGGAGUGGAUCCAGGCAGGAUGUAGCGCACCCAGUCCCUUUCUCCCUCCAUCUAUCCAUCUAUCCAUCUAUCUAGCGCUUUCAUCCACCCAGCUGUCUACAAACACGUCUUGAAAUGUUUACUGAUGAAAGGUGAAAGAACUGAGAGACAAGCCUUUGCUGCUAUCAGAUGUUCCCAGUGAACGACUAAGUGAGAAAUGAAUGGCACAUGAUGCACUUUAGACCUCUAGAAAUGGACCUCAGUCAUGUAUUUCUGAACGGCCUGUAUCGUACACGCAGUGCAUGGCUGCUUACUAGUGGUGCAUGAUGCAAAGAAUGUAUACUCAGAGCUUCAGAUGUAGAUUUUUAAUUCAGGGUAUGGGAAUGGAAAGAUGCUGUUAUUUUUUUAUAUUCACAGAAAAGUAUUGCUUCACAUGUUCAUUAUAUGGCCUUUAUGUCCCCCGACAGUGCAGCGGAGUCUUGUCUCUCAGUUCAGGAACUUUCACUGUACUCUACACAUGUUCAUCCUUACUAAAUUGCAUGAGUUUGUUAUCUGUAAAGGGGCAAAGAGAAUUGUAUGGAAUAAAAUUGGUGCAGAAAUUAUUUUUAACUGUUCUUCGUUAGAUGACAAAUGUGAAUAUACUUAUGUAAAGUGGGAAAGAAAUGUACAUUUAUAAUAUAAUGCAUAGAAAACUAAUAUCACAUUUGUGCAUUUCUAAGUCAAACUGAAUGUUGUCUAAUGCACACCUGGUAGACAGGUGCAUUGUACUAGAGCUCGAGAAGGAGCUGCGUGUUGUUGCAUUGUUUAUAAAAAAUAAAAAAAAAAUACUUGCGAGAAACAACAAUGUAAAUUAGUGCAUAGAAAUGUACAAAUUUAUUUGCAGUGCACAUAUCUUUAUUAUAAGUGCACAAUUUCUGUUUCCCCUUCAUAAAACCUUAUUCACAUUUGCCAUUCGUCUAACACACACGUAAUAAUUAUGGCACUAAUUUAACUCCAUAGCUGGAAUCUCUUGGGCUGGUGUCUGUAACUAGUACUCCUGAUGGACACUGAGUUUUCAAUUGCCUGGUAACCCAUGGUGAGCUCACUCUGUGGCUGAAAGUAAAUUUAGCUCAUUUACAGACCAUCUGUCUUAAGCCACAAACUUCUGUGAAUUUAAAGUCACAUGUAACAUUAUUGAUUGCAACAGCAAUGAUUGAGCCUGGGUGUGUGAGUGAUGAGUUACUGGGUGAAAUCUUCAUUCCCUCAAAAUGGGAAACUAAUCAGAACUUUCCUUCACUGCCAUACCUUAAACAACUCGCCCUGUACUCAGUGCCAUCACCAUGCUGGUCUAAGCCCAACCUCAUAUAGGGAUUCAGCAGUACUUUGGUUUAUUGAUGGAUGUGUUAAUUAAUUGUUUAUUCUCUGAAGAUGAAUCCUAGCGUCAGCUUGUGCUUUUAUGGUUGUUUUUAUGGUCUGAUAAUAGGUUAUGAAGAUUUCAGCUGUAACAGACACCUUCGACCCCCCCCCCCCCCCCCCCCCCCCCCCACCGGCAUUUGUAUUUUCUUUUUCUCCAACCUUUUUGCUCCAUUUUAAUUUUGUUGUCUUUUAUUAAGCUGUUUCUCUGAUGUUUACGAGAAUGUGUCUUUUCAUGGUUUUGUAUUGUACAUUUGGUUUUCUUUCAUCUUGUACGACAGUAUAGCCAUCGACAUUUUAAAGUCAUGUUAUUUCAACUGAAAGGAGAAAAAAAAGAUCAAUAUAUGAAGCAAAAUAAACACAAUCAUUUGUA